AUGGCUCCUCCAACAACAGUUAAAACACCAAGCAAAGGUUCAAAGAAGAUCAUUAGCAAGCAAUCGAAAGCAAGUGUAGGUGCUAGUAAAUCAGCUCCUAGUGGUGUUAAAAAAGCCAACCGACGCAAACGUAAAGAAACAUAUUCAAUUUAUAUCUACAAAGUUUUGAAACAGGUUCACCCUGAUACAGGCGUUUCAAGCAAAGCAAUGUCAAUUAUGAAUAGUUUUGUUAAUGAUAUUUUUGAACGUAUUGCAGCGGAAGCUUCUCGAUUGGCUCACUACAAUAAACGUCAAACAAUAUCAUCACGUGAAAUUCAAACAGCUGUUCGACUUUUAUUACCUGGUGAACUUGCUAAACAUGCUGUUUCAGAAGGCACAAAAGCUGUAACAAAAUACACAAGUCAAAAAUGA